AUGAGUGCGAUGGUUCUGCGCCUAAAAAAGGCGGGCAUCAACACGGAAGUCUUGCAGGUGCUUCCCACCCCCUCCAACCCUCGUUCCCCCUCUCCUGCUUGCUUCCCACCCCCUCCAACCCUCGUUCCCCCUCUCCUGCUUGCUUCCCACCCCCUCCAACCCUCGUUCCCCCUCUCCUGCUUGCUUCCCACCCCCUCCAACCCUCGUUCCCCCUCUCCUGCUUGCUUCCCACCCCCUCCAACCCUCGUUCCCCCUCUCCUGCUUGCUUCCCACCCCCUCCAACCCUCGUUCCCCCUCUCCUGCUUGCUUCCCACCCCCUCCAACCCUCGUUCCCCCUCUCCUGCUUGCUUCCCACCCCCUCCAACCCUCGUUCCCCCUCUCCUGCUUGCUUCCCACCCCCUCCAACCCUCGUUCCCCCUCUCCUGCUUGCUUCCCACCCCCUCCAACCCUCGUUCCCCCUCUCCUGCUUGCUUCCCACCCCCUCCAACCCUCGUUCCCCCUCUCCUGCUUGCUUCCCACCCCCUCCAACCCUCGUUCCCCCUCUCCUGCUUGCUUCCCACCCCCUCCAACCCUCGUUCCCCCUCUCCUGCUUGCUUCCCACCCCCUCCAACCCUCGUUCCCCCUCUCCUGCUUGCUUCCCACCCCCUCCAACCCUCGUUCCCCCUCUCCUGCUUCCUUCCCACCCCCUCCAACCCUCGUUCCCCCUCUCCUGCUUGCUUCCCACCCCCUCCAACCCUCGUUCCCCCUCUCCUGCUUGCUUCCCACCCCCUCCAACCCUCGUUCCCCCUCUCCUGCUUCCUUCCCACCCCCUCCAACCCUCGUUCCCCCUCUCCUGCUUGCUUCCCACCCCCUCCAACCCUCGUUCCCCCUCUCCUGCUUGCUUCCCACCCCCUCCAACCCUCGUUCCCCCUCUCCUGCUUGCUUCCCACCCCCUCCAACCCUCGUUCCCCCUCUCCUGCUUCCUUCCCACCCCCUCCAACCCUCGUUCCCCCUCUCCUGCUUGCUUCUCACCCCCUCCAACCCUCGUUCCCCCUCUCCUGCUUGCUUCCCACCCCCUCCAACCCUCGUUCCCCCUCUCCUGCUUGCUUCCCACCCCCUCCAACCCUCGUUCCCCCUCUCCUGCUUACUUCCCACCCCCUCCAACCCUCGUUCCCCCUCUCCUGCUUGCUUCCCACCCCCUCCAACCCUCGUUCCCCCUCUCCUGCUUGCUUCCCACCCCCUCCAACCCUCGUUCCCCCUCUCCUGCUUGCUUCCCACCCCCUCCAACCCUCGUUCCCCCUCUCCUGCUUGCUUCCCACCCCCUCCAACCCUCGUUCCCCCUCUCCUGCUUCCUUCCCACCCCCUCCAACCCUCGUUCCCCCUCUCCUGCUUGCUUCCCACCCCCUCCAACCCUCGUUCCCCCUCUCCUGCUUGCUUCCCACCCCCUCCAACCCUCGUUCCCCCUCUCCUGCUUGCUUCCCACCCCCUCCAACCCUCGUUCCCCCUCUCCUGCUUGCUUCCCACCCCCUCCAACCCUCGUUCCCCCUCUCCUGCUUGCUUCCCACCCCCUCCAACCCUCGUUCCCCCUCUCCUGCUUGCUUCCCACCCCCUCCAACCCUCGUUCCCCCUCUCCUGCUUGCUUCCCACCCCCUCCAACCCUCGUUCCCCCUCUCCUGCUUGCUUGCACCCCCUCCAACCAUCGUUCCCCCUCUCCUGCUUGCUUCCCACCCCCUCCAACCCUCGUUCCCCCUCUCCUGCUUGCUUGCACCCCCUCCAACCAUCGUUCCCCCUCUCCUGCUUGCUUCCCACCCCCUCCAACCCUCGUCCCCCCUCUCCUGCUUGCUUCCCACCCCCUCCAACCCUCGUCCCCCCUCUCCUGCUUGCUUCCCACCCCCUCCAACACUCGUCCCCCCUCUCCUGCUUGCUUCCCACCCCCUACAACCCUCGUUCCCCCUCUCCUGCUUGCUUCCCACCCCCUACAACCCUCGUCCCCCCUCUCCUGCUUGCUUGCCACCCCCUCCAACCCUCGUAAACCCUCUCCUGCUUGCUUCGCACCCCCUCCAACCCUCGUUCCCCCUCUCCUGCUUGCUUGCCACCCCCUCCAACCCUCGUUCCCCCUCUCCUGCUUGCUUUCCACCCCCUCCAACCCUCGUUCCCCCUCUCCUGCUUGCUUGCCACCCCCUCCAACCCUCGUUCCCCCUCUCCUGCUUGCUUCCCACCCCCUCCAACCCUCGUUCCCCCUCUCCUGCUUGCUUCCCACCCCCUCCAACCCUCGUUCCCCCUCUCCUGCUUGCUUCCCACCCCCUCCAACCCUCGUUCCCCCUCUCCUGCUUGCUUCCCACCCCCUCCAACCCUCGUUCCCCCUCUCCAGUUUCCUUCCCACCCCCUCCCAACCCUCGUGCACACAGCACUUGCGAUUCCGCCACACGACAAGAUGGAAUGGACGUCACGGGGGCAGUUUGUCAAGGCUAG